AUGUUUGGAAACCAACCACUCAUUCAUCUCUUCUUUCUCGUGACUAAUAUUUGGUCUCUUAUCUGCGCCGGAGCUCCUACAUCACUCGUCUAUGUGUAUCGCGGGGAUUACAGAUCACCGGCCGAGAUCCAGGAGGCGGGUGGCUUUCUCCCCAAGGGCCAAAGCGCCUUUGGUGCCAUCGCUCCAGAUAUCAGUCUCUUCAACCACGCAAAAGCUGCUUUAGACGAUAGCUCUCGUGAUGAUUACGGCUACGUCUUUACCUCAUCCUCUCUCGUUAUUGCGGAACGCAUCAUCAACAUGAGACCUGAAGGUUACAUUUACAAGAUCCACGUUACCGCCAACAUGAUUGACAUCAUCGGCACCUUGGGCAAGCAUAACCCCUUGAACGACGAGCGUGAAUACGCUGCUCUGGGCGGUAUCAAGUUCGAGCAGAUCGUGUCUUGGAAGGCCUACGAAAACGGCAAGUCUGGUGAGGAGGAGCUCAAUAAGGAGUUCAACGAGCAGGUCUACAGUGCCGCCAUCGCUGGAGGUGUGCAAUUUCAGCUUGCAGGCUUCCUCGAGAAUACCAGAUCCUGUGAAGAACAGCCUGGGAAGAAUGGUCUCCUUUCCAAGCGUCGUUUCGGCUUCGGUCUCGGAUCUCUCAAGUCUGGCUUUGGAGCCCUAAGGAGCAUCAAGGGAGUCAAGUCCAUUUCCAACGUCUUCAAGUCCAACCCGUUCAAGAAGGGUCCAAAGACAUCUCCCUUAGGCUCAGCCCCUCAGGCUCCGGUCAAGUCAGGUCCGGGAAGAAAGAUGCCUGAUCUCGAUCCGACGCCUGCCCCUCCUGUUAACCAGGGCCUUCCUGUCGACAAGAGCCCCAUGGACAACACUCCGGCUACGAAAACUCCUGUUGUAGACAAGACUCCUGACGAUGCUCUUGGAGAGAAGACCCCCGUUGACAAGACACCUGUCGAUAAGACUCCGUCUCAGGCGGCUCCCAGCGUCAAGCCCCAUAUUGAUGGCACUCCUGGACAGCAGCCUGGUGGCAUGCGACAGGGUCCUGAUGACCAAGUUCCUGCCGAAGGAACUAACGGACGACUAGGAGGUGUCGGAGGAUCAGGAAUGCCUAUCGCCAUCAACCCUAUCCCUGCAGCUGGAUUCCCCAUGUCACCCUUCCCAAUGACUCCAUUCCCCUCCACCCCUGGUACGGACACCACGAUGGACAGUCCGGUUGACAGAACGCCUGUUGAUGGAACCAACGCUGAUGGCACCUCUACUGAUGGUACACUUACUGACGGAACUUCUGCUGACGGCACCCCCACUGAUGGCACGACGGUCGAUGGCACAACGCCAGCUGAUGGCACGCCUGUCCCUACUACCUCUACUACACCUCUUGGCGGAACUCCAGUUGAGGACACACCGGUGCAGGAGACACCUGCUCAUGACGUUCCCACCCAAAAGGCUCCAGUUACCGACACACCUGUCAAAGACACUCCCACUAAGGAUACUCCCACCAACGACGUCCCAGUCAAGGACACGCCAGUGAGGGAGACGCCCGCAAAAGCAAUACUUGGAAAGGACACGCCUGUCCUAGAGACUCCUGUGAGCCAGCUCCAAGCUCGUCAGGCUCAAACUUGCGCCAGCCCCAAGUCCGCCUACGAGAUUGCGAAGGCCUACUUAGCGAGUGUGAACACAUGA